UGUGUGUGUGUGUGUGUCAGAGGGAGGUUCCAAUAUGUGAGGAGGAAGAAGGCAUAUAGCUUUUUUUGUGUGUAAGUGAGAGCAACUGAGUGGAUCUGCUGCACUGAAGGACAAGAGAACAUCUCACACACAUACACUCUCUCUCUCUCUCUUACACACACACACACACACACACACACACACAUGCAGAAGAGUGUGUGUCCAAUGCUCGUGUGUUUGUUGCUGUGACGAUGGACUCUCAGCACCGAGCAGCACUGGACAUCUCCACCAAAAACCCACAAGAUGACUUCGAGAUGCUGCUGCGGGUCGGAGGAGGGACGUAUGGAGAAGUGUACAAGGCCCGGAACAAGCAGACAGGAGAACUGGCUGCCAUAAAGAUAAUCAAGAUGGAACCUGAGGAUGAUUUCUCAGUGAUCCAGCAGGAAAUCAUGAUGGUGAAGACCUGUAAGCACAGCAACAUCGUGGCCUACUAUGGCAGCUACAUCAGGUCAAAUAAACUCUGGAUCUGUAUGGAGUACUGUGGAGGGGGCUCCUUACAGGAUAUCUACCAUGUAACUGGCCCUCUUUCAGAACCACAGAUUGCAUAUGUAUGUCGUGAGAUGCUACAGGGUUUAGAUUACCUGCAUGGCCAGAAGAAGAUACACAGAGACAUCAAGGGUGCCAAUAUUCUCCUGAACGACAAUGGUGAAGUCAAAUUAGCGGAUUUCGGAAUCUCAGCACAGAUCACAGCAACGUUUGCACGUCGAAUGUCUUUCAUAGGGACUCCAUAUUGGAUGGCACCUGAGGUGGCAGCAGUGGAGAUUAAAGGAGGUUAUAAUGAGCUGUGUGACAUUUGGUCAGUUGGAAUCACAGCCAUUGAACUUGCAGAGCUUCAGCCUCCGCUGUUUGAUGUUCAUCCGCUCAGGGUUCUCUUUCUCAUGUCCAAGAGCGGAUACCAACCUCCCAAACUCAAAGACAAGGCUAAGUGGUCACCUAUGUUUUAUAAUUUUGUAAAGGCAAUGCUCAUCAGAAACCCAAAGAAGAGACCAAGCGCCAAGAAGAUGCUCACACAUAUGUUCGUGAUUCAGCCGUCUUUGAGGCGAGACUUAACCCUUGAACUGCUGGAUAAACUCCGGCAUCCUGAGAAACUCAAAGAGUGUUUACAACAAGAUGAUGAUGACAUAGAGAUGGCAGUGCCAAAUUCUCUGAGACGGAUUCACUCCAUCAACCGACACAACCGGGCCGAGAGGACAAACUCAGACAUUAGCUUGAAUCAGAUCUACACACAGCGACCAAUGAGCCAAAAACAAGAGUCACCAGACACAACAUUACAGGAGUCAGGGAGAUGUCAGUGGUUGGGUUCUCCAGAUGCACAACUCAAAAGUCCGUCCAGAACGGACAGCACAGACACUGAUGACGACUACGAUGAUGUGGAAAUCCCUUUUAAUCAGUUCAGUAGUAAUACACUUCCAGCUGAUGAUGUUCCUCCUCCACUUCCUCCGAAGCCUAAGAUGCGCAGCAGUUCAGAAGAGAGUGUGACUGCAGAGGAUGAGCGAACGAAGGUUCAGGGUCUCUACAUUCCGUCUCCACUUUUGAGAACCAGCAGUGGGACACACACACGCAGUCAUCCUGUGCCACGGCCACGCUCCGUCCGUAAUGUCAACUCGGACCCUUCCACAUUUUCUGGCUUCAGGACAGACAUCUCAGCAGAUAAGCCACCUGUAUUACCGCCCAAAUCAGACAGGAGGCGCCGACAGCCUGUUAAGGGACCGCCUGAUCCAGUACAGAGGAAGCCACCAAUGUUCUUUAAAAAGGUUUUUAACGGCUGCCCUUUAAAAGUUAACUGCUCUACAAAGUGGGAUCACCCCACCACCAAAGACCACCACUUGAUCCUAGGUGCCGAUGAAGGGAUCUUCACAUUAAAUCUGAACAGCGCGGAGGCCACGCUUGAGCUGCUUUUUCCCGGGAAGUGCAUAUGGGUGUACACCAUCAGCAACGUCUUAAUGUCCAUAUCAGGAAAGUCCUCCCAGCUACAUUCCCAUUCUCUCAAGGAAUUGUACGAGCAAGCUAGAAAAGAACAUCGUGUGGCACUCCCAACACACAGAUUGAUACCCAGGAAGUUUGCCAUCACCACAAAGAUCCCGGACACCAAGGGAUGCCGAGCAUGCUCAGUGGUCCAUAAUGUUCAGCGAGGGUGUGUGUUCUUGUGUGGUGCUUUGGAGUCCAGAGUGGUUCUGCUACAGUGGUACGAGCCCAUGCAGAAGUUCAUGCUCAUAAAGGACUUUGACUUCCCGCUGCCAUCCCCCCUGCGCGUGUUUGAAAUGUUGAUCAUUCCUGAUCAGGAAUACCCACUGGUAUGUAUCGGGAUCGGCCGAGGAGCGAACUCUGCACAGCCUGUUCACCUGGAGAUCAUCAACCUCAACUCCAACACAUCCUGGUUCACCAGCACUGGCAUCGAGAACCGAAGUAUGGAGAGAGUUCAGGUGAUUCAGUUGGACCCAGAAACACUCCUUGUUCUUAUUGAGAAUACAGUGCUCAUGGUGAACACGGAAGGGACACUGAAGAGCUCCAGGAAACUGCAGACAGAAUUCAACUUCCAUUUGGAGGUAGAAUCAGUAGUGUAUUUUGAGGACACGUUGUUGGCUCUGUGGAAACAUGGUUGGCAGAGGAGAAGUGAAUGCUUCUCAGAAACCCUGCAGGAGUUCAGUGACCCUAGGAAAAUAUUCCGGCUUGUUGGGUCAGACAGGCUGGUUGUGUUGGAGACGCGGCUGAGUGAGGACCAAACAGGACUCUGUAAUCUGUAUGUCCUGGAGAUUGCUGAGAAUUUCGUCCUUAUUUCAUGAAAACACACACAUGCACACACAUACACACAUAUGCACAUUCAUAAGCACACACACACACACACACACACACUUUGCAUAAAAGAAAACCAUGAAUACAAAAGUGGAAAACUGUACGUGCACCAUAAACACACAUCUCUUCCAUUACGUCUGCUGUGUGUAUCCCAAACAAAACAAGACUUUUUAUCACUUUGACAUGUGUGUGUGUGUGUGUGUGUGUGUGUGUAUACAGUAUUCUGCAAAUUAAACACUUAACACCA